AUGACCAGCACGAAGCGAACUGCCGACGAGAUGUCAGGCGCUGACAACUCCGAUGGCCGCACUUCUCCCCGGGCUUACCGUCGCCUAGAAGGAUUCAUCGACGAGGACUAUUCCUCGGAAGAAAUCACACCGGAUCCUCAUUUGUCUUCGCCCACAGUUGCCGAUGAAAGUAAAACAUCCACCGGUAUCAACAAGUUCAAGAAACUUCUAUUCAACGGCUUGCCAGUGAAUCUCAUGACAGCAGACUUCAAAAACUACCUCUUCUACACCUCUAACUAUCGUCUCGAAGAAGCCAAGCAGAACGGUGCCAGCCUUACUGAUAUCAUCGUCGGAGAGGACUGUCUCCUCACAUGGCCUGGUCGUACUUGGGAUCCUAUUGUCGAAUCCCUUCACGAGACUAUCCAAAACCGUCUCGUCAAUCUUGACGAAGCUCAGAGAGUAGGCACAUUGGUGCGCGAGGCGAUUAUAUCAAAGACCAACAGGAAGCUGGAUGAGGCGAAGGCUCUGGGACUGGGUCUGGAGGACAUCCAAAUCGGGUUGAACUUGUUGCCUGUCUGGGGUGCAGCAGCAGACGAAGCGGUCCCAUACCUAUGUGAAGACGAAGAAGAAGAUGUUGAACAAGACGAUAUGGAUGAAGGGGAUGAUGAAAUCGGGGUCAUUCAAGACGACGAGAUCGACCACCUAGAAUUCACCGACGAUGCUUUGAUUGACCAUGGCACAGUUGAAAUCACAUCUCACGCCUCUAUCGUGGAAGACAUAGCCUCUCCUGACACCUGCGAUUCAGACUCCGACUCUGAACCGGACUACGAUAUGGACUCCGAAGGAUACUUUGACGAUGCGAUCUCAGUCGAUAAUCUCUUCGACGUCGAACCGCACUACCCCGAUUCUGAAGACGAUGAAGCACACAUCUUUCAUGGCGCUGAAGUCGUAGAUCUCUCUUCUCACCCUGCCAUUGUCGACCUCCAGAUCUACAUGAUUGAGGAUGAAGAUGAGGCCAGGGACCUCCCAGAGAUGGAGCUCUGUAUUGAUGGAGAGGCUUUUGAGCAGCUAUUUGGUUCUGAAGGUGCGAUUGAUAUAGAGAUCGAAGGGAGUCAACUCCUUUGCACCGGCGAGCUUUUUGAGGAGGAUGAGGAGAUGAUCCUGGAUAAAGCGCAGGAUGAUUCGUUUGUGGACCUUACUGAGAGUGCUUCUGAAGAUCAGAUUUCUCAGGAGAACGCUCGCCCAGAUGAAGUGGCCCAUGGGGAUUCUCUUGUUGAUCUUACCAAUGAUACCGAGGAACAGAACACUGAGCAUGAGAUUAUCGAAGACAUCUUCAAGGAAACAGAAGACGGAUUUGUUUGGUGA